AGCUACUGUCUGUAACUUCAACAUUCAACUAAACACAUAAAAUGGAGAGCAGUCUCAACAGGGAAUCGCUAAAAACAUUGGAAGACGAUAAUAGCAUGGAAGAGAGAGGCCAUCUUGAUGAAGCUGUAGUUUCUUCUGUUCUGGAAACAGCUGGAGAUGGAGAUUCCUCACAACUGCCGAAAAUUAGCUCCAAGUUACUGAGAAUGCUGGAAAAAGCAACAAACUGGCGCCCUCCACUCGUACAAAUGCAAGACAGCGAUGUAGUGUUCGAUGAAAACGAUGAGACUGUCAGUGAAGCACCGAGAACAAAAAGCCAAAUUGAGUAUCCUGAGCAAACGCGGGAAUUUGACAAUCGACUAACGAAGACGGGUCGCCGGUCCUUGUCACACUCUCUUUCUCAUUCCUCUACAGACAGCAACAGCUCAGGUGGUUCAGAUGCAGAAAACCCAGAAGACGAGGUUUCUCCUCGAGACAAGCAAAGGAUGAACUCAAAAGGGAACAAGGACUUCUGCAUUAAAAACAUCAAGCUGGCAGAUUUUGGCCGUCGACAGAUAGAGCUUGCUGAGGAAGAGAUGACUGCACUGAUGGCGUUAAGAAAAGCUGCCCAGGGUGAGAAACCAUUGGCAGGGGCUAAAAUAGUAGGAUGUACCCACGUCACGGCCCAGACAGCUGUGCUGUUUGAGACUCUGGCAGUGUUAGGGGCUCAGUGCCGGUGGGCAGCCUGCAAUAUUUACUCCACUCAGAAUGAGGUGGCAGCAGCUUUAGCAGAGCGAGACUUUCCAGUGUUUGCAUGGAAAGGAGAAUCAGAGGAUGACUUCUGGUGGUGUAUUGAUCGCUGUGUAAAUGUUGAGGGCUGGGAGCCAAACAUGAUCCUUGAUGAUGGAGGAGACAUGACACACUGGAUAUACAAGAAAUAUCCUCACGUUUUCAAGAAAGUCAAGGGCAUUGUUGAAGAAAGCAUCACUGGCAUUCACAGGCUUCAUCACCUCUCCAAAGCUGGAAAGUUAUGUGUACCAGCCAUAAAUGUGAAUGACUCUGUCACCAAACAGAAGUUUGACAACUUGUACUGCUGCAGGGAGUCCAUUUUGGAUAGCCUUAAAAAGACUGCUGACAUCAUGUUUGGAGGAAAACAAGUGGUUGUGUGUGGAUACGGAGAAGUGGGAAAAGGCUGUUCUGCUGCUCUGAAAGCAAUGGGAUCUAUUGUGUACGUCACUGAAAUUGACCCCAUAUGUGCUCUGCAAGCAUGCAUGGAUGGCUUUCGAUUGGCCAAACUUAUUGAUGUUGUAAGACAAGUGGACAUGGUCAUCACCUGUACAGGCAAUAAAAACGUUGUUGUGCGGGAACACAUGGAUGUAAUGAAGAAUGGUUGCGUUGUCUGCAAUAUGGGGCGCUCCAAUACAGAAAUCGAUGUUAAUGGUCUGAAAACUCCUGAGUUAACAUGGCAGCAUGUAAGAGCACAAGUGGAUCACAUUAUCUGGCCUGAAGGAAAGAGAAUAAUACUUCUGGCAGAGGGCCGUGUCCUUAAUUUAAGUUCCUCCACUGUGCCCAUAUACGUUCUUUCCAUCACAGCCACAACACAGGCUUUGGCAUUGAUUGAGCUCUUCAAUGCUCCUGAGGGCCGUUACAAGCAAGAUGUCUACCUUCUUCCCAAGAAACUGGACGAGUAUGUUGCAAGUUUGCACCUUCAGACCUUUGAUGCUCACCUGACUGAACUCACCGAUGAUCAAGCCAAAUACAUGGGCUUGAGCAAAAACGGCCCCUUCAAACCAAAUUACUACAGGUGAUAAAAGCACAUAUAGUUGAUCUUAUAUUACAGCAUUUUUAUAUGAAUGUGAAACAACCUGCGUUGUGUUUUCUGUUUUUAGAUAUUAGGAUCAUUGAGAAGUCUCAGUGUAACCCAUCAUCAGAUUUAGGGGUUUUUAAAGCCACUAGAUUUGACUUGCCGAGGACUUCAUUCAUCCUGCUCUUCAACAACACAUGAAAUUAGCUUGAACAAUAAUGCAGCGAGUACUUUGAUGUCAAAACGACAUCACACUGACAUUUGUCGAAAAACAUGAUGAAAAAUAUUGAUCAUUUGAUGUCAAUACAUUGACAUAUAUUUGACAUUCACACAUUGAUGCAUUAUUGACAACAACAAUAACUACACAAAAAGACAAAAAAUUAACCCUUUACUGCACGCAUUAUGAUAAAUCUAUCAUAAAUAAAAAAAUAUUUGACAGUUUUCUUUUCUUAAAAUGGUUUAACUUGAAGUGCUGAAAAAAAAUGUGAAAAAAAGAAGCUUUUUAAGGUACUUCAUGACAUGCUGCCAUAUGGCAACAACGUCCAAUAGUGGAUCUAAUUUAUACAUUUCUAGUUUAGAAUUUUCCUUAUAAAUAAUACUUUUUUUUUGUUUGAAAUGAUUUAAUUUGUGUUGCAGUAUUAUAAGCUUUAACACAGAACUUAUAAAUGACACCUUAUACAUACUUUCCAACAACUGAUAUUCCAACAGCUUUCAUUUAUACCAUUCUUUUUUUGCUGAAUAUUAUUGAAAACAAACAUAAUAUUGUAUUAUCAUGUAUACAACAUACAGUAAAUAUGCAUAUUUUCUCCAGUAAAAAUUAUAACUAUAUAAAUGUAUAAUUAUAAUGUUGCUAUUAGCUAACAAUGUUUAUAUAUUUUACUUUAUACUAUACUAUGCCUGUCUUAUAUCCCUCUGAGCUAACUUACCUGAACUGUUUGCAUCACUGCUCUUAUCAAAUGUCUAAUCUGCAUCAUUAUCAUGGUCACUAAAAUCCAUAUCAUCCUCACUUUCAUCUGCAGGAAGAGCCAGUUCUGUCCUUUUUUUCUUAUAGAAUAUGGUGGUGCUCACUAAUACACUGUUCCCUGUACACUGUAAAACCCAACAGUCAACUUUAUCAAAUGAAAUGAGUGUAGUCUACUCAAAAAUGACUGAAAGUUAAUUCUACUCUUUUAAAAAGGUUUGAUCUCAGCUUUGAAGGUAAGAAGUUAAUUAAAUACCUCAUUACUUUAAUAUAAAUGGAGUAAGUUCACAGUACUCAUGUAGAUAAGUUUUUUUUUUAACUCAAAUAGAUUAUAGCAAUUGGUUUCCUCAAACGGUUUGAGUUGCCUUAACUUAUUGGGUUUUACAGUUGGUUCGAGUUUUCUUUAUUUAUUGGGUUUUGCUGUGCACAAAUUGUUUCAUUUUCUCAAAUGGAUUAAGUUGACAGUACUCAUUAGCAUUAGUUUUUGAACUUAAAUGGUUUGUUGCAAUCGGUUUUCUCAAAUGGUUUGAGUUACCUUAACUUUUGGGGUUUUACAGUGUAUUUAUAUCUAAUCAAAAGUAUUGCCAGUAAAAUUAGAUUUUAUCCAUGAUGUAAAUGCCAUUAUCAUAUGACUAAUCAACAUUAUAUUACUAUGUUGUUAUUGUUACAACUUAAAACAUCACAGCUGAUCUUGCUAGCUUGCUAAGUUAUUGCAAUAUUGCGCUAUUGGACAGUGUUGCCAUUUGGCAACACAAACAUUUGAUAAAAACUUUUUUGAGUUGUGAAUAUGUCAUCAUAACUUACUGGAGGUGAUGUUUCAGAUUUUUUGGGGGGGAUCUGACAUGCUUUGUUUUUAUUGAUGUUUUCAUUUGCAUUCAGCAAUUACUCACAAUAAACGCCAUUUUGUCAGAAAUCGCCAUAGAAAAACACUGCAUGUCAUGUGAUUUAACCAAAACACAUCAUUGGCUAAAAGGUCUUCCCUUUCCAACAACAAAAAAUAAAUUAGAACGAUGGGCUUAAAGAAACAGUGGCAGGGAAAUUAAUUAUAUAUGUUCUUUUUAAAUGUCUUUAAAACUAAAACUUUUUUCCUCUUUGAAAACAAUAUAUUUUAUUUUUUGAAAGAUUUAUAAUAUAUUGGAGCAGUAAACAUGUCAGGCUAAAUAAUUCAAAUGAAUCAUUGACUUCUGCUGUGUUCAUUUGUUUAAAAAAACUGAUUUCUUUACAAAUUAAAACAGCAUCUUUGGAUAUCUUUUCUGCUGAAGAUACUGUUGUCGUAAAAAACAAACAAAAAACGUAAAUAAAAACUCUUAUACAUACCUUAGGAACGGUAUUACAGAAAAUUUUGGUGGUUUUAAAACCUUGACUUUUUCAAACAGCGGUAUACCUUGAAAACAGUUAUCAUCCUAUGCCUAGACAUAAAUGAUACUGUAACCUACUGAGUCGCAGACUUCUUUUAAUCAUAUCACACAAAUGUCACAAGAUGGUGUGAUAGCUUAGAACGUUUAGUGCAUGUCAUAGUCAAGAUUGUGAAUUAAAAAUGUUAUUGAAAACUUGUUAAUAAAAAAUCUAAUGUCAAAUAGUAUGCAGAUUCAAAUGUUAGCAUUGGUAAAUAUUCUAUUAGUCAAACGUGACCGGUAAGAGAGCAGGCAUUUUUUGAUGUUCAAAUAGUUCUUAUAGUUACUGUAUAAUGCAUUUAUACAAUUUGUGCAGUAAAAGACAUACAAGUUUUAUGUACACCAGCUAAAACCUUGGUCACUUUAUUUUGAUAGUCUGUUUGUUGAAAUUAAGUUACAUUGCAUCUUCUGUACAUGCCAACUAAUUCUCAUUAGAUUAUGACUGUUAGGUUGGGGUUAGGGUUAGUCCAAGUUGACAUGUACUUUCAAAGUUUCUUAUAGUCAGUUAAAUGUCUGUUGAAGAAGCAGUAUCAACAGAUAUUAAGCAGACAGUCUACCAAUACUCAAAUCCAUCAAA